CACAGCACCCUCCCCUCCCUUAACGCAAUCCCCAUAAGCCCCAUCGCCCGUGUGGCCCGUUUCACAACAGUGCGCUAAUUGCCCGUAUCAGUCACAAGACGAACGACGGUCUAAUACGCGAUCAUAAACGUUGCCCGGUGUUAGCGCGAUAGUGCGCCAUUCCCGGAUUGGCUACAGCACCAGUACCAGCCGACUGCGAGAUCCAGAGCAGCUUUUGCUAACUACGACGACGGCAACAGUAAACAAUAUGGGAUUAUUUAUCUUCGGUGAGCUGUGCUGCCUGUUCUGCUGCCCGCCGCUGCCGGGCCGGAUCGCGGCCAAGCUUGCCUUUCUGCCGCCGGAACCGACCUACAACCUGACGCCGAUCGACGAGUCGAAGGCAAAGUACCUGCUCAGCUUCAACGAGCGGGCCGAGUGGCCGUACUCGGAGCGCGAGAAGGAAAACGUGGAAGGGUUCUACACGCGCACCGCCCGCGGCAACAAGCUAUCCUGCAUCUACGUCAAGUGCACGCCGAGCGCCAAGUACACGCUGCUCUUCUCCCACGGCAAUGCGGUCGAUCUCGGGCAGAUGAGCAGCUUCUACCUUGGGCUGGGGCUGCGCAUCAACUGUAACAUCUUCAGCUACGACUACUCCGGGUACGGGAUGAGCGGCGGCAAGCCGUCGGAGAAGAACCUGUACGCCGACAUCGACGCGGCGUGGCACUCGCUGCGCACCCGGUUCGGCGUCAGCCCGGAGAACAUCAUCCUGUACGGGCAGAGCAUCGGCACGGUGCCGACGGUCGAUCUGGCCGCGCGCUACGAAGUUGGGGCUGUGAUCCUGCACUCUCCCCUGAUGUCGGGGAUGAGGGUGGCCUUUCCAAACACGAAGCGGACCUGGUUUUUCGACGUGUUUCCAAGUAUCGAUAAGGUGUCGAAGAUAUCAUCGCCGGUGCUGGUGAUACACGGCACGGAGGAUGAGGUUAUAGACUUUUCCCACGGUUUAAGCAUCUACGAAAAGUGCCCAAAAGCCGUCGAACCGUUGUGGGUUGAGGGAGCCGGUCACAAUGAUGUGGAGCUGUACAACCAGUACCUGGAUCGGCUGAAGAAGUUCAUCGCGGUCGAGCUGGGCAACUGACAAUUAAAGCAUGCCUCCUCCGGUCAGCUGUCU